CUUUUUUAUAUGGUUGGAUUUUGAGAUUGUGAAAAGAUGCAGCAAGAGCAGAGAAAGAAGAAUCCAACAGAGAUGGAAUUCUUCACAGAUUAUGGUGAUGCCAAUAGAUAUAAAAUACAGGAAGUCGUUGGGAAAGGAAGUUAUGGCCUCGUCUGCUCCGCCAUUGACAUCCAUACUGGAGAGAAAGUGGCAAUAAAGAAAAUACAUGAUAUUUUUGAGCACAUAUCAGAUGCUGCACGAAUCCUGCGUGAGAUCAAGCUGCUUAGGCUUCUUCGACAUCCGGACAUUGUUGAAAUAAAGCAUAUUAUGUUGCCACCCUCAAGGAGGGACUUCAAAGAUAUUUAUGUUGUUUUUGAGCUCAUGGAGUCAGAUCUUCACCAAGUCAUCAAAGCUAAUGAUGAUUUGACAAGAGAGCAUUAUCAGUUUUUUCUCUAUCAGUUGUUGCGAGCAUUGAAGUAUAUUCACACAGCAAAUGUUUACCAUCGAGAUUUGAAACCAAAGAAUAUAUUGGCUAAUGCAAAUUGCAAACUCAAAAUUUGUGACUUCGGGUUGGCAAGAGUUGCCUUCAAUGAUACUCCUACAACUAUAUUUUGGACGGACUAUGUGGCAACAAGAUGGUAUAGAGCACCAGAGCUGUGUGGCUCUUUUUUCUCUAAGUAUACUCCUGCAAUUGAUAUUUGGAGCAUAGGCUGCAUCUUUGCUGAGGUAUUAACAGGAAAACCUCUGUUUCCUGGUAAAAAUGUGGUUCAUCAGUUGGAUUUGAUGACUGAUCUGCUUGGGACACCCUCCUUAGAAACAGUCUCACGGAUCCGUAAUGAAAAAGCGAGGAGAUACUUGACCACCAUGAGGAAGAAGCAGCCAAUGCCACUUUCUCAGAAGUUCCCAAAUGCAGAUCCUCAGGCUUUAAAACUAUUAGAAAGACUGUUAGCAUUUGAUCCAAAGGAUCGGCCAACUGCUGAAGAGGCACUUGCUGAUCCUUACUUCAAAGGCCUAUCAAAAGUGGAGAGGGAGCCUUCUUGUCAGCCAAUAACAAAGCUAGAGUUUGAGUUUGAGCGUCGGAGGGUGACAAAGGAGGACAUUAGGGAACUAAUUUUCCGGGAAAUAUUAGAAUACCAUCCACAACUGCUGAAAGACUACAUGAAUGGAACGGAAAGGACAAGUUUUCUCUAUCCUAGUGCUGUUGAUCAAUUCAGAAAGCAGUUUGCACAUCUUGAGGAAAAUGGUGGUAAAAGUGGGCCAGUGAUUCCACUAGAGAGGAAGCAUGUUUCUCUCCCAAGAUCAACAAUUGUCCACUCAAAUACAAUACCCCCCAAGGAACAACAAAAUUUGGGUACAUUCAGAGAUCGGCAAAACUCGGAGGAAGCAUGUCGUAAGAACUCAAGGGACACAAAUGGAAUCAGUCAUAUUCCAAGGACUUUGCAGGCAUCACAUCGUAUUCCAAUGGCCAAACCUGGGAAAGUUGUUGGACCAGUCAUGUCUUAUGAGAAUGGGAGCGACAUAAAAAGUUGCUACGAUCCCAAAUUGUUGACAAGGAAUGCUGUUCUUCCUCCUCAGGGCAUCCCUCCACCAUACUGUUACCGCAGGCCUAGCAUGAAGCAUGAAAGAUCAGGAGCAGAGGGUGAGAGGGACUUGACACAAACCAAACCACAACCACCCCCACAAUGUGGCAUGCUGGCUAAAUUAGCUCCAGAAAUUGCCAUAGACAUGAACUCCUCUCCAUUUUAUCUAACGCGGGCAGGAGUGAUGAAGGCAGACCAAGUAGAUGAUCGAAUUGCCGUUGAUACGAGCCUGCUGCAAGCUAAAUCUCAAUUUGGUGGGAUUGGUGCUGCCGCUGCUGCCGCCGCAGCAGCAGUUGCGCACAGAAAUGUGGGAACUGUUCAGUAUGGCAUGACAAGGAUGUACUAGAAAAGGAAGGCCAUGGGGUGGUUUUAUGGGCACUUUCAGGGAAGAAUUGGACAGAUGUAAUGUAUGGAGAAGGGUUGGAAGGAGAGAGAGAGAGAGAGAGA